CCCGCUGGUCACGUGACCUUAGUCUAGCGCGUUGAGAUCGCGUCGCGGCUCCCGAUCCAGCUAGUUCUCGCCCCCGCGCGGCGGUUGCCGAGGAGACGGCGCAAGUCUCGCCGCGCGUCGCCCCUUCUGCAGUUUCCCCCGCCCACUUUUCUCCCACCACAAUGAGAUCCUAAGAUGGCGGUGUCUGCAGCGGUAGACGCCGAGAAGCUAAAGUAGAAAAGGAGCCCGUUGGGCUCUAGGCAGUCAGGGGCCUUGUGAGCCUUCUCUGCAGUCUCUCAGAGACUGCUGCGGGCGGUGGACCGUGGGGGUUGAUCCCCCACGCGUCCUCGGCAGGAAGGGCUACUUCGUUAAUAGGUGAAGCCUGCGCGUCCCUGGCCCCUGGCAACCGAGGGCAGCGCGCCCUAGGGGCGGAAGAGCAACGGCUUUGAGACUAUUGACAGUGCGGGGCCUGGCCUCGGGCCCAGAGUCCUCUGUAGGCUCUUGGGUCGUCUUCACUGGCUGCUUUUCGUCCCUUGGACGGACAGUCCGCCCCUUCCCUGGGACCAAUCGACACAAUCUCCGGAAAAUUAAUUGUUAUAAGCCAAUAUGGCCACAGGAGGUGGACCUUUUGAAGAAGGCAUGAAUGAUCAGGAUUUACCAAACUGGAGCAAUGAGAGUGUUGAUGACCGACUCAAUAAUAUGGAUUGGGGUGGCCAACAGAAGAAGGCAAAUAGAUCAUCAGAAAAGAAUAAGAAAAAGUUCGGUGUAGAAAGUGACAAAAGAGUAACUAAUGAUAUUUCUCCAGAGUCAUCACCAGGAGUUGGAAGGCGAAGAACAAAGACUCCGCAUACAUUUCCACACAGUAGAUAUGUGACUCAGAUGUCUGUCCCAGAGCAGGCAGAAUUAGAGAAACUUAAACAGCGGAUAAACUUCAGUGAUUUAGAUCAGAGAAGCAUUGGAAGUGAUUCUCAAGGAAGAGCAACAGCUGCUAACAACAAACGUCAGCCUAGUGAAAACCGAAAGCCCUUCAACUUUUUGCCUAUGCAGAUUAAUACUAACAAGAGCAAAGAUGCUGUUACAAGUCUUCAAAAGAGAGAAAUGAUUGGGUCAGCACAAUGUAAAGAGUUGUUUGCCUCUGCGUUAAGUAAUGACCUGUUGCAAACUUGCCAAGUCUCGGAAGAAGAUGGGAGAGGAGAGCCUGCAUUGGAGAGCAGCCAGAUUGUAAGCAGGCUUGUUCAAAUUCGUGACUAUAUUACUAAAGCCAGUUCUAUGCGAGAAGACCUUGUAGAGAAAAAUGAAAGAUCUGCUAACAUUGAGCGUCUUACUCAUCUAAUAGAUCACCUUAAAGAGCAGGAGAAAUCAUACAUGAAAUUUCUCCAGAAAAUCCUUGCUAGAGAAAAUGAGGAGGAGGAUGUUCGGACUAUAGAUUCAGCUGUGGGAUCUGGUUCUGUAGCUGAGAGCACAUCGCUAAACAUAGAUGUGCAGUCUGAGGCUUCAGAUACCACGGAGGCAUCUUUUAGUCUGAGAAUUCGGCCCUGCAUUGAGGACAAACUAGGGAAUUCAGCCUCACAAGAACAGGUUUCAGACAUUGACGUUACUACAAGUCCAAAAGGGAAAGGUGACAGACCUCCUCAGAAUGACAGGGAACUGAGGCCUAAUAGGAAAUAUAGCCGAAAACGUGGAUUUCCCUCAAAGGCCAGAGAUCCUGAACAGGAGCCUAUGGAAGAGAUAGAAAAUUUGAAGAAACAACAUGAUUUGUUAAAAAGGAUGCUACAACAGCAGGAGCAACUUCGAGCUCUGCAGGGGCGACAGGCUGCUCUUCUAGCUCUGCAACAUAAAGCAGAGCAAGCUGUUGCCGUAAUGGAUGAUUCUGUUGCAGAAACCACAGGUAGUUUAUCGGGAGUCAGUAUCACAUCUGAACUAAAUGAAGAAUUGAAUGAUUUAAUUCAGCGUUUUCAUAAUCAACUUCGUGAUUCCCAGCCUCCAGCAGUUCCUGACAACAGAAGACAAGCAGAAAGUCUUUCAUUAACUAGGGAGGUUUCCCAGAGCAGGAAUCCAUCAGUUUCCGAAGAUUCUGAAGAGAAAGUCCACCUUUUUAGCAAAAUGAGAGUGCUACAGGAAAAGAAACAAAAAAUGGACAAAUUGCUUGGAGAACUUCAUACACUCCGAGAUCAGCAUCUGAAUAACUCAACGUCCGCUCCACAAAAGAGUGCAGAUCAGAGAAGCCCAAGCUCAGCCGCCUCCGCCUCUGUAGGCCUGGCACCAGUUGUCAAUGGAGAGUCCAAUAAUAGCCUUACGUCACCUGUUCCUUGUCCUGCCACUUCUCUGGUUUCUCAGAAUGACAGUGAACGUGAAAGCCAUCUAAAUCCAACUGAAAAACUCCAGAAGUUAAAUGAAGUUCGAAAGAGAUUGAAUGAAUUAAGAGAGUUAGUUCAUUAUUAUGAGCAAACAUCAGAUAUGAUGGCAGAUGCUGUUAAUGAAAACACAAAAGAUGAAGAAACUGAAGAGUCAGAAUAUGAUUCUGCACAUGAAAAUUCUGAACCUGUUGCUAACAUUCGAAAUCCACAAGUAUCUGCCACAUGGAAUGAAGUAAAUAGUAAUAGUAAUCCACAGUGUGUUUCUAAUAAUAGAGAUGGGAGAUCAGCUAAUUCUAAUUGUGAAAUAAACAACAGAUCUGCUGCCAACAUCAGGGCUCUAAACAUGCCUCCUUCUUUAGCAGAUUGUCGAUACAAUAGAGAAGGAGAUGAAGGGAUUCAUGCAGCACAAGGGGAAGAUGAUGAUGAUGAAGAAGAAGGAGAAGAAGAAGAAGCAGAAGAAGAGGGAGUCAGUGGAGCUUCGUUAUCUAGUCAUAGGAGCAGCCUGGUUGAUGAGGCCCCAGAAGAUGCAGAAUUUGAACAGAAGAUCUACAGACUUAUGGCUGCGAAACAGAAACUUCAACAGUUACAAGAUCUUGUUGCUAUGGUUCAGGAUGAUGAUGCAGCUGAAGGAAUUAUCUCUGCCAAUACAUCAAAUUUGGGUGAUGUCUACCCAAUAGAAGAGGAUAUCAAACAAAAUUCAAAUAAUGCUAGAGGAAGUACCAAUAAAACACAGAAAGAUACUAGAGUAAAUGAAAGAGCAAGAGAGAAAUUUUACGAGGCUAAAUUACAGCAGCAACAGAGAGAGCUAAAACAACUGCAAGAAGAAAGAAAGAAACUGAUUGAGAUUCAAGAGAAAAUUCAAGCAUUACAAAAGGCAUGUCCUGACUUGCAGCUGUCAGCUGCUAGUGUGAGUAAUUGUCCUACCAAAAAAUAUAUACCAGCUGUUACUUCAACCCCAACUGUUAAUGAAAAUGAGACUAGUACAAGCAAAUGUGUUAUUGAGCCUGAUGAUUCUUCAAUAGUAGAUAAUGAGUUUUGGUCAGACAUGCGAAGACAUGAAAUGUUGAGGGAAGAGCUGCGCCAGAGAAGAAAGCAGCUUGAGGCUCUGAUGGCUGAACAUCAGAGGAGGCAAGGUCCAGCUGAAACUACAUCUCCAGUGGCGGUGUCGUUAAGAAGCGAUGGAUCUGAGAACGUGUGUACUCCUCAACAAAGUAGAACAGAAAAAACAAUGGCAACUUGGGGAGGUUCUACUCAAUGUGCACUCGAUGAAGAAGGAGAUGAAGAUGGUUACCUUUCUGAAGGACUUGUUCGGACAGAUGAAGAAGAAGAGCAGUAUGCAAGUUCCAAUGACAACAUUUCUGUGUAUCCUCCUAACAGUGUGAAUCAUAACUCCUAUAAUGUAAAGGAAACCAAAAAUAGGUGGAAGAACAAUCGCCCUUUUUCAGCUGAUGGAAAUUAUCGUCCUUUAGCCAAGACAAGACAACAGAAUAUCAGUAUGCAACGGCAAGAAAACCUUCGAUGGGUGUCAGAACUCUCUUAUGUAGAAGAGAAAGAACAAUGGCAAGAACAAAUUAAUCAGCUAAAGAAACAACUUGAUUUUAGUGUGAACAUUUGUCAGACUUUGAUGCAAGACCAACAGACUCUGUCUUGCUUGCUGCAGACUCUUCUCACGGGUCCUUACAGUGUUAUGCCAAGCAAUGUUGCAUCUCCUCAAGUACACUUCAUAAUGCACCAGUUGAACCAGUGCUAUACACAGCUAACCUGGCAACAGAAUAAUGUUCAGAGGUUGAAACAAAUGCUAAAUGAACUCAUGCACCAACAAAAUCAUAAUCCAGAAAAACCUGGAAGUAAGGAAAGAGGCAGUAAUACAUCACACCCUCCUUCUCCCAGUUUAUUCUGUCCUUUCAGCUUUGCACCACAGCCUGUAAAUCUGUUUAAUGUACCUGGAUUUACUAAUUUUUCAUCAUUUGUACCAGGUAUGAAUUUUAGCCCUUUGUUUCCUUCUCAUUUUGGAGAUUUUUCUCAGAAUAUUUCUACAUCCACUGAACAGCAGCAGCCAUUAGCCCAGAACCCUUCAGGGAAAACAGAAUAUAUGGCUUUUCCAAAACCUUUUGAAAGCAGUUCCUCUAUUGGAGCAGAAAAGCAAAGGAAUCGGAAACAGCCUGAAGAGCAAGUAGAAAACAGUAGGACACCAUGGGUAUAUGACCAAGAAGGAGAAAUAGAAAAACCGUUUAUGAAGACUGGAUUUGCAGUGUCAGUAGAGAAAACUACAAAUAGUAAUCACAAAACUCAAUUAGAUACAAGUAGGAGAAGACAUCAGUUUGAUGAAGAAUCAUUAGAAAGCUUUAGCAGUAUCCCUGAUCCAGUGGAUCCUACAACAGUAACUAAAACAUUCAAGACAAGAAAAGCAUCUGCACAAGCCAGCCUGGCAUCUAAAGAUAAAACUCCCAAAUCAAAGAGUAAGAAGAGAAAUUCUACUCAGCUGAAAAACAGAGUUAAAAAUGUUGGGUAUGAAAGUGCCAGUAUGUCUAGCACAUGUGAACCUUGCAAAAGUAGGAACAGACAUUCAGCCCAGACUGAAGAGCCUGUUCAAGCAAAAGUAUUCAGCAGAAAGAAUCAUGAGCAGCUGGAAAAAAUAAUAAAAUAUAGUAGGUCUACAGAAAUAUCUUCAGCACAUGCUAGGAGAAUACUACACCAGUCUAACAGAAAUGCAUGCAAUGAUGCGCCAGAAACUGGAAGUGAUUUUUCCAUGUUUGAAGCUCUGCGGGAUACUAUUUAUUCUGAAGUAGCUACAUUAAUUUCUCAGAAUGAAUCUCGCCCACAUUUCCUUAUUGAACUCUUCCAUGAGCUUCAGCUACUUAAUACUGACUAUUUGAGACAGAGAGCUUUAUAUGCAUUGCAGGACAUAGUAUCCAGACAUAUUUCUGAAACCCAUGAAAAAGAAGGCGGUAAUGUAAAGUCAGUGAACUCUGGUACUUGGAUAGCAUCAAACUCGGAACUUACACCCAGUGAAAGCCUGGCUACUACUGAUGAUGAAACUUUUGAGAAGAAUUUUGAAAGAGAAACGCAUAAAAUAAGUGAGCAAAAUGAUGCUGAUAAUGCUAGUGUUAUAUCUGUGUCUUCAAAUUUUGAGCCUUUUGCAACAGAUGAUCUAGGUAACACCGUGAUUCACUUAGAUCAGGCCCUAGCAAGAAUGAGAGAAUAUGAGCGUAUGAAGACUGAGGCUGAAAGUAAUUCAAAUGUGAGAUGCUCCUGCAGGGUUACUGAGGAUGAAGAUACUGCUGCUGCUACCACUGUAGUUAAUAAUUUAGAAGAACCUUCUGUUACUGAAAAUCAUGGCUCACCACAACCUAUAAGUGAAAUUCCUACUGUCCCAUGUCCUAGAAUUGAUACUCAGCAGCUGGACCGGCAAAUUAAAGCAAUUAUGAAAGAAGUCAUUCCUUUCUUAAAGGAGCACAUGGAUGAUGUAUGCUCUUCUCAACUUCUCACUUCAGUGAGACGCAUGGUUUUGACUCUUACCCAGCAAAAUGAUGAGAGCAAGGAGUUUGUAAAGUUCUUUCAUAAACAACUUGGAAGUAUAUUACAGGAUUCACUGACAAAAUUUGCAGGCAGAAAACUGAAAGACUGUGGAGAAGACCUUCUUGUAGAGAUAUCUGAAGUGUUGUUUAAUGAAUUGGCUUUCUUUAAGCUCAUGCAAGAUUUGGAUAAUAAUAGUAUAACUGUUAAACAGAGAUGCAAAAGGAAAAUAGAAGCAACUGGAGUGAUACAGUCUUAUGCCAAAGAGGCCAAAAGGAUUCUUGAAGGAGAUCACAGCUCACCUGCUAGAGAGAUUGAUGAUGAAGACAAAGAUAAAGAUGAAACUGAAACAGUUAAGCAGACUCAGACAUCUGAGAUACGUGGUGCUGAAGGUCCCAAAAGUGUAAGAUCUGAUGUUUCUGAUCAAGAGGAAGAUGAAGAAAGUGAUGGAUGCCCAGUGUCAAUUAAUUUGUCUAAAGCAGAAACUCAGGCUUUAACUAAUUAUGGAAGUGGAGAAGAUGAGAAUGAGGAUGAAGAAAUAGAAGAAUUCGAAGAGAGCCCUGCAGAUGUCCAGACUUCACUUCAAGCUAACACUGAACCUGUAGAAGAAAAUGAACAUGAUCAGAUUCUACAACAUGAACUUGAAAAAACAGCAGAAAGCAAAAAGAUCCCUUCAGAACCAGAACACACUAGUAAAGAUGACCAAGAUAGCUCUCCUGUGAAGCCCAGUUAUCUCAAUAUCUUGGAAAAUGAGCAACCUUUAAAUAGUGCUGCCCACAAGGACUCGCUUGCUACUGUUGAUGCAUCUCAGCAGCCUAACCCUUUGCCAUUACCUUUAACUGAAAUUGCAACCUUAGUGCCUAGACUCAAAGAAGUUAAAUCUGCUCAGGAGACUCCUGAAAGCUCAUUGGCUGGAAGUCCCGAUACAGAAUCUCCUGUGUUAGUGAAUGACUAUGAAGCAGAAUCUGGUAACAUAAGUCAAAAGUCUGAUGAAGAAGACUUUGUGAAAGUUGAAGAUUUACCACUUAAACUGACAAUAUACUCAGAGGCAGAUCUUAGGAGGAAAAUGGUAGAAGAGGAACAGAAAAACCAUUUAUCUGAUGAAAUAUGUGAAAUGCAGACUGAAGAAUUAGCUGGAAAUUCUCAGACAUUAAAAGAACCUGAAACAGUGGGAGCUCAGAGUCUAUGAGAUGUCUUCAGAGGUUCAUCUGAUUCUCUUUACAUAGUGCAUACAUGAAAAUGAUACUAAAUAAACAUGUUUUGAUCUGUAUAAAAAUAUCAAUUAGUUUGACACUGCAUUUUUGAUAGAUGUGCUGAUUUCUGCUCAUGGCAGGUUAGACAUCAGAAACUGAAUUCUGGACAGAUUCAAGCUUUGAUAUACUGUGGAGUUAUUUUUUUCUUCUGUGUUUGAGUUUCUUUUUUUCUCAUUGUGAUGUUUGGUAACGUUAAAUUUAAAAUGUAGACUUAAAUAAAGUUUGAACUUAUCGGUA